CCAAGCCACGAAGCACCUUCUACCUCCGCAUUUCUUUACUCUCAGCAGACAUUCGCCUUGUAUUUUUUAUCAUCACACAUGGCGGUCCCGGAGAUCAUCUUCUACUUUGAGUCGGCGUCAUCGUACAGCUACAUUGGUUUCGAGUUCAUGGAGCGGUACAAGAGGCUGUGGGACGUCAAGGUCGACUACCGGCCAUUCAACCUGAUGCAGGUGAUGGCCAAUGCUAAGAACAAGUUCAGCCCGUACAAGCUGCCGUUCCUGUUCACUGACCUGAAGCGGACAUCGGCGAUCACAAAGAUCCCUACCCGUAUGAUACCAACGACGGCGCUACGCACGCUGCAAUUCAUUAAGACGCAGCAGCCGGAGAAGAUGCCCGAGGCCAUGCGCAGGCUGUGGAAUAUGGAGUACGUGCAGCUGGUUGCGCCGGCCACGCCCGAGCUGGUCAAGCAGGCGCUCGAGGGCGUGGUUGACCCGAGUGUUGUUGAUGAGGCUCUGAAGAGCGAGGACACGCUAGAGGCAGUGGUGCAGAACACUGAGGCGGUCAAACAGCUCAAGGGAUUCGGUGCGCCGACGAUUCUUGUGUCCAAGGGCGAUGGAUCGAAGCCCCAGUUCUUCUUCGGCUCGGACCGGUUCGAGCACAUUGCCAUUUACCUGGACAAGGAGUUCCUGCCCAGCAAGCAGCUGUUUGCGUCACCGCGCAUCUGAGCCGCCCCUUGCUUGUCUGCACGCUUUCUGUCCGCCAAUUCGCCCCCACUGCUUUGAUCAGAUCAGAUCAGAUCAAUAUAUCCAUGUCGCCUAU